AUGCCUCCGUCAUCCGCUACUGGAUUCUUGAAUCAUCCCGACCAGUCAAACCUCCCUUCCAGACCAAUUGCUACAAACCCUAACGAAAUAGCUGACUUCUUCAAUACCUACUUCGCCUCCGUAUUUACAUCCGAAAACCUCACUGUUCAACAUCCUAACAGGACAGAUCCAGUUUUAACUGAACUCAAAGUAACUGAGUUAGAGGUAGAAACUUUACUUAACUCCCUUGAUACUAACAAAGCAACCGGAUCGGACGAAAUCCCAGCGAGACUUCUAAAAGAAACCGCCUCAAUAAUCACUCCCUCCAUCUGCAAACUAUUCAACAAAUCAUUGCAACAAGGAACGGUGCCACAAGAUUGGAAACUAGCGAACGUUGUUCCCGUUUAUAAGAAAGGUGACAAAGAAUACACAGAGAAUUACAGGCCAAUUUCUCUCCUGCCAAUUCUUUCGAAAGUUCUAGAACGGUACAUUUUCAUGAACAUUCGACAACACUUUUCUGGGAUAAUUUAUGAUCACCAGCACGGAUUCCUCCAAGGAAAAUCUUGUGUGACUAAUUUGUUAGAAGCAUUAGAUUACAUCGGCGCCUGUCUGGACAAGGGAGGGCAGGUAGAUAUGGUAUACCUGGAUAUGUCAAAAGCGUUUGACCGAAUCAACCAUAAGCGAUUGACGCAGAAAUUAGCAAAUUCGGGUAUUGGCGGUAACCUACUAAAAUGGUUUCAAUCGUACUUGACUGACCGUCGUCAACGUGUUACUGUACUUCGUGUAACAUCGAAGUCUCUACCAGUUUGUUCAGGCGUUCCACAGGGGUCAAUACUCGGUCCUACACUGUUUCUUCUUUACGUGAAUGACCUACUCGAAGCAUCCACGUCCAGUCGAGCUGCAAUGUUUGCCGACGACACCAAGAUAUUCUCCGCAAUUCAAUCACAGAACGAU